GAAGUACCGGAGGCUGUCCAGUUGUUGGUGUAUGAACACAGCAGUGUGGCAUGCAGGAAAAAGUGAGUGUAGUGUAAAUCAGUGUGUCUGUCAGAGGAACGGCCCCCCCUCCUGCCAGCGCCCAUGGCCGACGCCCAGGAACUACACAAACCCAGUAAGAAGAAAUAAAACCGACGGGCGAGGCUCUGUUCCCUCGGUUACUCGCUGGACCGUCCACCUAUGAUGGAACGGGCGAUGGAGCAGCUCAACGUACAGCUCAGUCGGCUGACCCGUUCCCUCCGCCGGGCCAGGACCGUAGAACUCCCGGAAGACAAUGAAACUGCAGUGUACACACUUAUGCCAAUGGUCAUGGCUGACCAGCACAGGUCAGUGUCAGAGCUGCUGCUCAACUCCAAGUUCGAUGUGAACUACGCCUUCGGACGGGUGAAGAGAAGUCUGCUGCACAUCGCUGCCAACUGUGGGUCAGUGGAGUGUCUGGUUCUGCUGCUGAAGAGAGGUGCCAACCCAAACUACCAGGACAUCUCCGGCUGUACCCCUCUGCACCUCGCUGCUAGGAACGGACAGAAAAAGUGCAUGGGGAAACUGUUGGAAUACAAUGCUGAUGUCAACAUCUGCAACAAUGAGGGGCUGACUGCUAUCCACUGGUUGGCAGUGAACGGGCGGACGGAGCUCCUCCACGAUCUGGUCCAGCAUGUUACCAACGUGGAUGUGGAGGAUGCCAUGGGGCAGACAGCUCUACAUGUAGCCUGUCAGAACGGACACAAAACUACGGUGUUGUGUCUUCUGGACAGUGGAGCUGACAUCAACCGACCAAACGUCUCUGGAGCCACGCCUCUUUACUUUGCCUGCAGCCAUGGCCAAAGAGACACAGCACAGAUCCUGCUGUCUCGAGGUGCCAAAUACCUUGCUGACAAGAAUGGAAUCACUCCCAUGGAUCUCUGUGUACAGGGCGGAUAUGGGGAAACCUGUGAGAUCCUCAUCCAGCAUCACAGCAGAUUGUUCCAGACCCUCAUCCAAAUGACCCAGAAUGAUGAUAUUAAAGAGAACAUGCUCAGGCAGGUUCUGGAGCAUGUCUCUCAGCAGAGUGACAGUCACUACCAGAGGAUCUUGAUCAGUCUGGCUGAAGUGGCUACCACUAAUGGACACAAGCUUCUCAGCCUGUCCAGCAGCUACGAAGCUCAGAUGAAGAGUCUGCUGAGAAUCAUUCGUAUUUUCUGCCACGUGUUCCGCCUGGGGCCUUCAUCACCCAACAACGGCAAUGAUAUGGGCUAUAACGGCAACAAGACACCUCGCAGCCAGGUCUUUAAGUGUGCCUCUCACGUCCUGUCUGUCUCCCUGCAGCCAUUGGAGCUGCUGUGGCACUCCCUGGAUGAGUGGCUGGUGCUCAUCUCCACCGAGCUGGACAGGAACAGGAAGAACCCGUCCUCCUCCUCCUCCAGCAGUGAAAUAGCCUCCCUGCUUCUCAAACAGCGGGAGGUCGACCACUCAGGCUCCACGCCAAAGCUCCCCUCCCUGCUGGACCCUCAGAUCGUCAUGGAAACAGAGGCAUACGCCGACGGGGAGGACGUCAUCUCCAUGACAGCCAGUCGUCUCAGUGCUGUCAUCCAGGCAUUCUAUAUGUGCUGCUCUUGUCAGAUGCCACAAGGAAUGACGUCCCCGCGCUUCAUUGAGUUUGUCUGCAAGCAUGACGAGGUGCUCAAGUGUUUUGUAACCAGGAAUCCAAAGAUCAUCUUUAACCACUUCCACUUCCUCCUUGAGUGUCCAGAGUUGAUGUCACGCUUCAUGCAUAUUAUUAAGGGCCAGCCCUUCAAGGAUCGCUGUGAGUGGUUCUACGAGCAUCUGCUGGCCGGCCAGCCAGACUCAGACAUGGUUCAUCGACCGGUCAACGAGAAUGACAUCCUGCUCAUCCACAGAGACUCCAUAUUCAGGAGUAGCUGUGAGAUGGUAUCCAAGUCCACCAAUGAGAAACUUAAACAGGGCAUCGCUGUUCGUUUCCAUGGCGAGGAGGGGAUGGGCCAGGGUGUGGUUCGGGAGUGGUUUGACAUCCUGUCCAAUGAGAUCAUCAACCCAGAUUACGCUCUGUUUACUCAAUCAGCUGAUGGUACCACCUUUCAGCCCAACAGUAACUCCUCAGUGAACCCGGACCACCUGAACUACUUCCAGUUUGCAGGUCACAUCCUGGGUCUGGCUCUGUACCACCGACAGCUGGUCAACAUCUACUUCACCCGCUCCUUCUACAAACACAUACUGGGCAUCCCGGUGAACUAUCAGGACGUGUCGUCCAUCGACCCAGAGUAUGCCAAGAACCUGCAGUGGAUCCUGGACAACGACAUCAGCGAUCUGGGUCUGGAGCUCACCUUCUCUGUAGAGACUGACGUGUUCGGGGCGAUGGAGGAAGUACCGCUCAAACCUGGAGGUACCAGCAUCCUGGUCACCCAGGACAACAAGGCCGAGUACGUCCAGCUGGUGACGGAGCUGAGGAUGACGCGAGCCAUCCAGCCUCAGAUAAACGCCUUCCUUCAAGGAUUCCACACCUUCAUCCCUGCCUCACUCAUCCAGCUUUUCGACGAAUACGAAUUGGAGCUCCUGCUGUCAGGGAUGCCAGAGAUCGAUGUGCAGGAUUGGUGCAGGAACACUGAGUACACCAGUGGCUACGACCCUCAGGAGCCAGUCAUCCAGUGGUUCUGGGAGGUGGUGAAGAGCCUGACCCAGGAGGAACGGGUUCUUCUGCUUCAGUUUGUCACUGGAAGUUCCAGGGUUCCUCAUGGUGGCUUUGCCUACCUGAUGGGUGGCAGCGGUUUACAAAAGUUCACCAUUGCUGCAGUGCCAUACACCUCCAACCUACUGCCUACCUCUAGUACCUGCAUCAACAUGCUGAAGCUCCCAGAAUACCCGAGCCAGGAGGUCCUGAGAGACCGGCUGCUGGUAGCGCUGCAUUGUGGGAGCUACGGGUACACCAUGGCGUGAACAUUGCAUCAGUUCCUGCUGCUGUGAGCAGGCCGCAGACUCAUGCAACACUCUAACCUCCUCCACAGACACAGUUUUUGUAGUCAGGCGCUGCUUUUGCUGGACAAAAAAAGGGAAAUCCAGAUUGUUAGUAAGGAGCUGCUGGAGAGGCACAACAGACUGAACGGAGAUCACAGCUUCUGGAUCUCCACUCACUCCUGCACCAGAGCUUCAUUUUUGUCUAUUGAAGCUGGUGUCUGGUCAUUUAUGCAAAUAAUUUAAUAUCUUUAAAUUCUACUAUUUUCAUGCAUACCUUGAUUUAAGAAAAAAAAGCAUUUAUACCAUGAAUUCUUUACUUAAAACAUAGAAUUAUUAUCACAUUAAACAUUCAUGCAAGCUGACUGAAUGUCAAAUAUUGACUGCAUGGAACCACUGUAGAAUUGAUCUUUUUAAAACGUGCAAUCAAUCAAACUGUGUAUCACAUCCAUAUCACAGGUUCACAGUGCGGAUUUCUUUAAAGGGCCAGCCUCAAGCCUGCAUACCGGCAAACUGGUAUAAUAGAACAAAUCAACAUUUUGUUUUUUAGACUUCUCUCGUCUCCAUUUCCUUAUUUUAACUCUUCUCUGAACUUCCAAAACCAUCAGGGCUAAUAUAUUAUCAUCACAUUUAAGAUUCCAGUGCCAAUAUCAAACCUGAUUGUUUUAUACAUCAUUGCACUGUGAAGACACCAAAACCUUUUAUUUUGUUUAGUAAAAUAAGCCUAACUUCUCAGAUUCCCCAAUGUUUAAAAUACACUUAAGAUAAUACACUAUAUGGCCAAAAGUAUAUGAACAAAUUCCAGCCUAGUGAGAGUUGAUCAUGUCAUUCCAUGGACAUUAAUGUGCUGGUAGAACAUUGGUCCAAUCUUCUGGUUUCAGGGGUCCCACCAGAUGAUGAACCUCGCUGUAGGGAUUUGCCCCCAUUCAGAUACAGGGGCAUUAGGGAGGUCCAGCGCCGAAUGCGGUGUUCCAGUUCAUCCCUAAGGUGUUAAUGGGGUUGAGGUCAAGCUUCUGUGGAGGCUGGUCUCCCACACCAAACUGGGAAAACCAUUUCGGUAUGGGGCUAGCUUUGUUUAUGUCGAAAGUGGAAAGGGACAAACACCAACUGCUGACGCAAAGUCUGAAUAUUAUUGUCUGUAAUAUCAUUGUAUGUUGUGGUAAUUGUUAUUAUAUUAUUAUAAUUAUGAUUAAUCAAGAACGACUGAAAAACCCAUCACAUGUUCAAGCCCAAGGUCCUGUCUUGUCCAAAGUCCAAAAGCCAAUCAGCACGGUCCAGCAGUUUUGUUUUGGCCCUGCAAAAUAGGAAAUGUAAUAAAGUCUGUAGAUGUAGAUGUACCCAAGCACAUGUUGCCAACAGUGCGCACUUUAAUGUUCCCAGUCCUGUUCCUACAGCAGACUGAAGAUCUGGCAACCCGUACUGUAUCAGUCUGCUCAGACACAAAUGGAUGUUUUGCUCUGAAUUCAAGUUGAAAUGAUUUUUUUGUGCGUGUGAGGAAAUAUAAACUUUAAUGAAACUGCUGCCAUUGUGCAACAGAGGAUGAAGUUUUUGGACAUAUUUGUUGAAAUGACGGCUAAGGCUCGAGCUAGAAGACAACUUGUGCUACACUGCUGUCUUUUUUACCUUGUCCUUUGUUUUGUUUUUUACAUGGUGUAGGUAUCAACCAAGCUGUGUGUCCCUUUACAACAUUCAACAUUUGGGAGGAUUCAGUUAGCCUAGCAUGGAAGCUAGUUAGCCUAGCUUUAGCACUGACUCCCACUGCACGUUACUUUUUGAUGAGGUUAUUUAAAUGCCUGCUGAGUCAUUGGCAGCUCCCGCACACUCGCUGCUGUUAGUCCUGCGUUAUAGAAAGGAAGCUGUCAGCUAGCAUUAGCUGUCUCUCUUGAGGUCCAGAUGUAGUGACGGAAAAUAACCAGCCCAGUUACUCUGUGAGCGCAGAUCUGGCUGCCAUUAAGGCCACUUGAGGUCAUGUACUGUAGGGGGAGAAUUUGGGUUAAUUAAAAACUAACACAGGAGGGGUCCUGUACACUGUAGGUUGGUCCCAGUGUUUGUAGUCUGAAUAUGUUGAAAUAUGGCUAAUUUUAGAUGAACAAAAAAGGAUUUAGUAUUUCUGCACCAGAAUCUCCGUCCUGUAUGGCAGUGUAUUGCUGCCACGCUGUCAUAUAAUGUGAAAAGUUUAUUCUUAUAACAAGAUAUUUUUUAAUGUUAUUAUGACACACAUUAUUACAACACCUGAUAACUUACAUUGUUAAAAUGUUGCAUUAUAACAAUAUAAGUUAACAAGUUUAACAAGGUGUUUUCAUGUUAUUACGAGAUAUUAUUAUUAUUAUUAUGGAGUGGCACCAAAAUGUUUCCGUAGUCCCGUGUGUGGAGACCUUCAUGUUCUGAUAUAAAUGAACAAAAUGAAUCAGUUGGGGAGGUGGUGUUGGAUUCAUGACCUUUAUAUUUCUAAAAUCAUGUCGGUCCUGUGGCUGCCCACACAGACGCACCAAUCACAUUACAGCCCACUGGUGACUAUAGAGAGGGUGCUAAUGCUGCAGAAAAAUAGGUUACAAUAAUUCAAAUUUUGACCAAAUAAGAACAUGUUAAAAUGAAUGCAAUAGAUAAAUAUUUCUUAUGAGUUGUAAUUUGAUUUGGACUUUUCUAGGACUGCUGGUGGAAUGUGUAUUAGCAGAAGAGAAACUGCAGACUAACAUUGACGUAGGUAUUGGACGUACUGUAUGGCCGAGCUGUUUUCCAUUGUGGCUGCAUGAACGCGCCUGUUCAUCCCUGUAGCAUAAAGUGCAUGCGUCAUGUGGUUUACUGUGUGAAAGUCAUUUUUGGAGUAUUUUGCUGUGAUCUGUAUUUGUGCUUCAUGAAUGAAUAGCAGUCUCCUUUACUGAUACUGAUUGUCCUGUUAAGCAGACCUUCAUAAGGAGCAAUACGGGAUAUCUACAUGACAAAUAUUUGGCUCGCAGUGCCAAAAGAUAAAAGCUGGAAUCCUUUUACAGACAUUCUUUUAUUUGUAUUUUUGCCUACACACGCAUGCUGAAAAUCUGUUUUUAUUCCAAAAGAGAGAAGUUUCUCUUCUUUCCAUUUGUAAAGGGAGAGUACAUAUUGAUUUAUUAUCUAUCAGUAUUGUUUUGAAUGCCUCGCCUGAAAUGCUUUUGUAAACCGAUGUUAAUGUUUAUUGAAAAUGGAGCCUUUAUACAUAUUUCUGUAAAUGUUCAAUUCAGUAUCAAAUGAUGUAUUUUACCAUAAAUAUAUGUUGUGCUUUGAGAUUUUGUCCAAUAAAACUUGUUUUGACAAUC